UUCUUUGCUAUACGGAGUUGGAAGCUAUGUAAAGUCAAGUCUUUCACUUGACCACUAUGAGGUACAUUUUACGUGUGAAAUGUCCAUAAUGAACCCUAAUUACGAAACUUAAUUAUCUUUUUUUCAUUCCCGAUCUUUCUUUACUUCGUUUCCAAGUUUUCUCUCUCUAGAUUGAUUUGUGACGACGAGUUCACCCAUAAAACUUGUUAAUCGUUGCCGCGAAAGCUUAUGAUCGGCAUACUUUGAUGAAGUUUUCAAAUUUGUCUAUAAUGGAGAAUUAUGGGUAUAGUGACGAUGAAUAUAAUGAUAGAGAUUACUAUAAUGAUUAUGGUGAUGGUGACUCUCUCGACGGAUACCAAGAGUCCCCUGAGACUGAGUUUCAAUCGCCCAGCGGCAAAGGCCCUUCUUGUAAGGUAAUUACGAAACAGUCUCUUUUGGCUGCGCAGAGGGAAGAAUUGCAAAGAGCAAUGGACUUGUUAUCUAUGAAGGAACAUCACGCACGCACUUUACUUAUUCAUUAUCGUUGGAAUAUUGACAAGGUCUUUACACUGUUUAUUGACAAGGGAAGAGAUCAUUUGUACAAAGAAGCUGGUGUAACAAUGGGGGAGCAUACUGAUCUUUCCUCGUCUCAGUGGUCCUCAGCAGUCAAAUGUGAUAUCUGCUUUGAGGAAAUCCUUGCCAAUGAUACAACCAUGAUGGACUGCAGCCAUUGCUUUUGCAAUGAUUGUUGGGCAGAAUAUUUUGUUGUGAAGAUAAAUGAGGGCCAGGGUCGUCGCAUUCAAUGCAUGGCCCACAAUUGCAAUGCUAUUUGUGAUGAAGGAAAGAUCAGAGAUCUAGUCAGAGCUAGGGAUCCUGGUCUGAUGGAGAAGUUUGAUCGUUUCCUACUAGAGUCAUACAUUGAGGAUAAUAAUAGGGUAAAAUGGUGUCCUAGUGUCCCCCACUGUGGAAAUGCGAUACGCGUUGAGGAUGAUGAAUAUUGUGAGGUUGAAUGUGCAUGUGGUCUACAAUUUUGUUUUAGGUGCUCUGCUGAACCACACUCACCUUGUUCUUGUCUGAUGUGGGAGUUCUGGACCAAGAAAUGCAAGGAUGAAUUGGUGACAGUUGAUUGGGUUACAGUCCACACAAAGCCCUGUCCAAAAUGUCAAAAACCUGUGGACAAGGAUGGAGGAUGCAACCUCGUUUCCUGUAUCUGUGGACAAGCAUUUUGUUGGCUCUGUGGUGAAGCUACUGGUUUUCGGCACACAUUGGAUAGUAUUGAGGGUCACACUUGUGGGCGAUUCAAAGAAGAAGAUGUGAAAAAAUAUGAGCGUGCAAGAAAGGACCUUGUGCGCUAUGUUCACUAUCAUGAUCGUUACAAAGCUCAUACAGAUUCUUUCAAAGCUGAAGUCAACAUGAAGGAAAAAAUCCGGGCAAAUAUAUCAAACCUGGAAACAAGGGAAUGGAAAUCCAAAGAUUUCAGUUGGGUGACAAAUGGACUCUACAGACUCCUUAGAUCACGGCAGAUUCUCUCGUAUUCCUAUCCAUUUGCAUAUUACAUGUUUGGUGUUGACAUGUUUAUGGAUGAAAUGACAGAGAAGGAAAAGGAAAUAAAACAGAACUUGUUCGAGGACCAGCAGCAGCUGCUUGAGGAAAAUGUCGAGAAACUCUCUAUGCUUUUGCAUGAGCCAUUUGGUGAUUAUUCAGAUGACAAAGUUUUGGAGACAAGAUUGAAGAUAAUUACUCUUUCUACACUCAUAGAUGAUCUCUGUAAAAAAUUGUAUGAACGCAUCGAAGACGAUUUAUUGGGUCCCCUCCAGCAUGCAACGCACAUCAUAGCUCCUUAUACGUCAGAAGGUGUGGAGAAAGCAUCGGAGAUUCCUCAAAAGGAUUCUGCCAUCAAUAGUAUGUAUACUGAGUUUACCCGGAAGGGAGUUUGAAGAUAAAUAAGCCCAACAAGAUCAAUCUACAUCUACCUGCACAUCCAUAUAGAGGAAGAGGAUCAACUGAAACUUGGCAACCUUCUUCUGGCCUCAAGCGUUCGGAUGAGAGUGGAAGCUCUAGUCAGAAACCUGCCAAUUACGAACUGAGAUGUGAUCCAUAAUAGGUUAUUUAUUAGGGUCCUAACCUCAUUUGCACAUAAAAGUCUACAUCAAUAACAUAGGGCGGUCUGUCAUAAUUUUUGCUCAAAUGACUCUUGCCCAUGGAAUCACUAUUUAUAUUACUUUCCUUUACUAUCUAUUAUGUUUUCCAAUUAGUCUUUGGUGUACAUAACCUUCUAUGAAGCCUACAUGCAGGAACUGUACAUACCUUUUAGUCAUGGUUGAGCAGAAUCCUCAUUUUGAAGGAUUUUAACUGUUUAGAUUUUGUGAGGAUUGAGUUUGUGGUUAUUUAGUCAGUGUUAAUGUUCCCUGGUUUGCUGGAAUUUGGAAAGUGAUUCU